AUGCGUGCAGGUUAUUGGCAGAUACCUCUCCAUCAGGAUUCAAAAAAAUACACUGCUUUUACUACUCAUGACGGGGCCACUUACCACUUUAAUGUUUUACCUUUUGGUUUAAAAGCCGCACCGCGCACAUGUCAGGCUCUUAUGACCCGGGAAGUAUUGGACAUAGAAUGUCAGAAUACCACUACUCCUCAAGUUAAACAUUUAGACGCCAUAAAAAACUUUGCUCCGCCUCAAACUAAGCGACAGUUGCAAGCUUUUAUUGGUACAUGUAAUUGGGUGCGUCAGUAUUUACCAAAUCUCGCUAGCUUUAUGAAACCACUUACUAGUCUCUUACAGAAAGAUAAAAAAUAUAAAUGGACAAGCGAAUGUCAAGAAGCUUUUUCCGCGGUUCAAGACUUAGUAUCUCAACCCCUCGUAUUACAUCGACCAGAUUUCGAUAAACCAUUUAUUUUAAACACGGACGCCUCAGAAACAGGUUUAGGUGCUGUCUUAUACCAGGAAGGUGAAAAUAACGCUAAACAUAUCAUAUCGUAUUCUAGUGCUACUUUAAACAAAACGGAACACAGGCACAACGACGAUCUCGCGCAAUCCAGCGUACCCGACGUUUAUGGAAGCGUCUCCAGAGGGACCAACCUGUCACACAAACCGAGCAAAAAACUUUCGAUCGGCACGUCGUCGACGAAAACCACUUAUUAUAUAGGAAGGAAGUUAUCACAUAUUUUCAUUGCGAUACCCAUCCUGGGGUACAAGAAACCGUCAGACGUAUCGAAGAGAGGUACUAUCACAGAGGGUUGCAGCGUCAUGUUCGAAAUUUCGUACAUCAUUAUGGUAGAGGACGUAUUCUCCAAGUGGACCGAAGCCAAGGCCUAUCAUAGUGUCGCGGCCCACGAUGUCGUCAAUUUUCUCGAGGAAGAGAUUAUUUCUAGGUGCGGUGCUCCGAGACGUAUCCUUAGCGAUAAUGGCCCGGCUUUCGUCAGCCGCGAAUACCAAAAAUUCUGUCAAAAAUUUCAUAUUCCAACCGAUAGAGUAGCCAUCUACCACCAGAGAGCGAAUCCGGUAGAGAGAAAAGUCCAGGACCUCAAAAAAGUUCUUAGAGCUUUAACAUUAAACAAAGCCGAGAACACAUGGGACGUCUAUCUACCACAGGCUCUACAUACUCUACGUAAUCGUCAAAAUGCAGCUACUACAUUUACUCCGUCGCAGAUCGUACUUGGUUUCUCCACUCCAAAUGCCGUAGAUUGGCAAGUUCCAACAUACGCUCAAGAGAGGGCUCACAUUUUAUAUGGAAAACGGUCUUCCGGUGAAAUUUGCUAA